GCUCUUUUGUCAAUAACCCCUAGCGAUGUCUGUUUUUAAGCACUUGGUGCAACGCCGUACACUUCACUCCACCCGUACUUUGAAUGCUGAAAAACCAGCCUCAUUCAAUACACAAGCUUUGGCAGACCAACUUCAAUUGUCACCAGCUACUUUAACACAAGCCUUGACACAUAAAUCAUACAAACAUGGUAAAGUUCCUACCAAUGAACGUCUUCAAUAUGUUGGUCGUCGUUCACUCGAAUUUUUUGCUAUGGAAGCCAACAUGAGCAAGAAUGUGGAUGAAUUAAGUCAGGCAGUCAAAAAUGUAUUCAAGACAGAGCAUUUGGUAGCUAGAUUUGAUGCUUUAGGUUUAGAGCCUGGUGUACGAUGCAACUUGCCAGCAGGCAAGGUAACUACAGCUGUUAAGUCUCAAGCAAUUGAAGCCAUUGUAGGUGCUGUGUAUCAUGAACGUGGCUUAAAUGCAGCUAAAGAGUUUGCAAAGAAGCAUGUAUUGUAAAUAAAAUACAAACUAGAGACA